AUGAACACGAGUCAUCAGAUUCAAAACGAUUUUCCUGUACACUGUGUUAUAUACAGUUUUAUUGGUGGUAAGCCAGAUCAUUUGUCCGAUUUACCCUAUGCUGUUCUCGUUGCCUUGAUCGUAAUCCACGCCACGACCUGCCCUUUUGUCAUUGUGUUGAAUCUGUUGGUAAUGAUCGCUGUGAAGACCAAAGCACGCUUGCGGAGCAUGUCUAACAUAGCAUUAGCCUGUUUAGCCUCGACUGACGUGAUGGUCGGAUUAGUUGUCCAGCCUCUUCUUAUUGCUCAGAUGGUGAACCUUAUCCAAGGGGAGACCACAGCCGGUGCAUGCUCAGUACAAAGUGCCACAGGAUUUUUCAUCACCUUCUUUUGCUUUUCUUCCUCUCUUCAUCUCUUCUUAAUAACAGUGGAUCGGUACAUCGCCAUCAUGCGUCCCUAUAUUUACAUUCAAACCGUCACCAAAGCUCGUGUACUGAUUGCCACAGCUCUUGCAUGGACCCUGUCUGUAAUUGUACACAUCGUGUCGUUUAUUGACGAGGAACGUUUUAGAACUAUCAUUAGUGUUGUCGUAGUUUCACUUGUUGCAAUCAUCGCUGUCUGCAACAUAAUAGUUUAUCGUGAGGUUCAUCGCCACGAAAAGCAAAUAGCAGCUCAGCAAGUCGACGUAGUGACCAGAGAAAACUUUUUAUCUCAAAAGAGAGCUUUUAAAUUAACAUUGACGAUCAUUGCACUUUUAGUUAUAAGUUUCUUGCCUGUAAUUAUUUUUAGAAGGCUCAAGGAGCCCCUGAAAAGGAUUGUGAGCUUUGGUACAUUGAGUUGCAUUUUUAUGGCUGUCUAUAGUUUACCGGCUUUUAACUCUUUUGUUAAUCCGUUUAUUUACUGUAUAAGGUUAAGACAGUUUCGAGUCUCAUUCAUCGAAUUACUGAUGCAGAAAAACCACCACGAAGCUGUAGAAUUUGAAGGUAGAAUAUUUGGAACAAACGUUGUGGUCAGUUUUGAAUCCAACCGGAGGGGAAAGAGAGAGCAACAACAUACUAACCAGGCCAAUGUCAUAAGGUCAACAACCAGAGUUAAAUAA